AUGUCCACGCGACGUGGAGAGGUGAGGAGAGCCGUGGAGAGGGUGGGAGGACGUCCACGCGUGAGCGGGAGACGUGGAGAGGGUGGGCGACGACGUGCACGGGCGAGAGAGGGGUACCGAGAGCACAUCGCCCGCUCGCCCGUGAACAUCGCACCCCCUCCCCACCUCUCCACCUCUCCACCUCUCCCGCUCACGGGUGGACAUCCUCCCUCGCUCUCCACAGCUCUCGGUACCCGCGCCCGUCGUCGCCCGUUGCCCGCGUCCGUCGUCGCCCGUUGCCCGCGUCCGUCGCCCGCGUCCGUCGCCCGCGUCCGUCGUUGUCCAUCGCCCGUGUCCUUCGUCACCCGUCGCCCGCGCACGUCGUCGCCUGUACCCCUCUCUCGCCCAUGCACGUCGCCCACCCUCCCCACGUCUCUCCGUCGCCUGCUCGCCCGUGCCCGUCACCUCCCCCUCACGCGGCCUCGGCCCCUUGCCCGCUCACCGGUGCAAGUGCUGCAAGGGCCUCUCCCCGUCCCCCGCCGCCUUCUGUACGUCGUCCCCGCCUCCCCCUACCUCUCGCCCUCGCCCGCUUACCUGCAUUUGUCGCCCCUCCCUUCCUUAGGUAUCUUGAUGUCGCGCGCAGGCUACGCAAGUCGCCGGCCCCUCGCUCGCCCUGUGCUCGCCACCCCCUCGCCCCGGGACGUUGCCCCUCUCUCCCGCUUCUUCUCCCCGCCGCCUGCUCGCCCGUUGAUCUACUCCACGUUCACCAUGUCGCCUCUCAUUGCCCCUCGUCAUCUAUCGACCCUCCUUACCUUGUACAAGAUAGGCAAUCGUGUGCGCAUCCCCGUACGCUGGUCCAACCUGCAGCAGGCGUUGCAGGCUCUGGAUUUCGAAGUCGAAAACCGCAAGGGGUUGAAGCGUCGGGUGGUCGCUCCCUCCCACCUUGGCGGGGCUUGUACGACUUUGAUGCAGCCCAAAAACGGGAUUAUUGCACCUCCCAGCCAGGCGUAUGUGGUCUCCCAGCUCAGCCAGCGAUGUGGCCUAACUGCGGAGUACCUGGAGAACCUGGCCAAGGGGUCGUCGUAG